UGAAGGCUAUACGGAUGCCGCGGCGUUUUGUAUAACAUUUCACGAUCGAGUCUAUCGAGUCGCCGUAUCAGUAGUGAGUGCGCGGGGAUUCUGGACGGAAUGGCGGUUAAUCGGUGUCUUUUGACGGUGCUCCUCGUUGGGAUCGCUGCUUGCCAAGCAGUUGAGCUGUACGAAUCGUGCACGGAUGGCGCCGGGGUCAAGGGACUCUGCGUUCCGCUGAAGUCAUGCUCCGCGAUCAGUGCCCUGUUAAUGCGCAAAAAUUACACCGACAGUGAGCGGAACUACAUCAAGAACUCAAACUGUGGUAUGCUGGACGCAGCCCGGAUGGUUUGCUGUCCGUUGCCAGGCAUGUUGAAGGCCCGGUUCAGCGCGCCGGCCAGUCUGCCUGCCCUGGGAACGUGCGGCCAAACGUCCGACAACCGAAUCGUGGGUGGUAGCAUUGCUCAGCUGGACGAGUACCCGUGGCUGGCGAGAAUUCAGUACUACAAGUCAAACAAACGAUUCGGUUUCCACUGCGGUGGUGUCCUCAUCAACGAGCGUUACGUGCUCACGGCAGCUCACUGCAUCCAGAGUGUGCCGUCUUCUUGGACGGUGUACAAGAUUCGUCUGGGUGAAUACGACUCCCAACAAGAUCCAGAGUGCAGUUACCACGACGAGGAGGAUUGUGCCGACUCGGUGCGUGACGUUUUGGUGUCGUCUUACUACGUUCACGAGGACUACUUCCAAGAGAAUGGUGCCGAUUACAACGAUUUGGCGCUGAUCCGGUUGAUGCAACCGGUUGAGUACACUUCGUUCAUCCAACCCAUCUGUCUACCAACCACGGAAGACCUUAAAAAACUAGACGUCGAAGGACUUAAAAUGACGGUCGCCGGAUGGGGACAAACGGAAAAUAAGACAGCGAGUAGGUACAAGAUGUACCUGGAAGUCCCCAGCUGGAACAAUGACCGAUGCGGUGAAGCGUUCAGCUCGGUCAACGUGGACAUCAUCGAAACACAGCUGUGCGCCGGCGGAGUCAAAGGGCAGGACUCCUGCCGCGGUGACUCCGGAGGACCACUUAUGAAGACGGAACGCGUCGGAGGAAAGGUAGCGUGGUUCCUUAAGGGUAUCGUAAGCUUCGGAACGGAAAAGUGCGGAACCGAAAACGUUCCCGGAGUCUACACCAGAAUCAGCAAAUAUAUUGACUGGAUUCUGGAAAAUAUAGAAGAAUAGAUGUAA